AAAAAAUACAAAAAAAAAAGAUUUCGUGAACAGAGUCUUCCAAGGCUGAACUCCACUAGUCGAGCUCCGCCAUGGCCACCAUUGCUCCGGGAAGAGCCAACAUAGGACCUCCAUCGCCGUUUCUCGGAAAGAAGGUGAAGCACAAACCCUUCUCAUGGAAACCCACUAUCUUAAACCCUAGAAAAACUAUCAGCACGGAUUUUCGCGCCCAAUUGGUCGAUGCGGUUCGUGAUCUCUUCGUGGGCGUCGGAGUCGGACUUCCAUGUACGGUCAUGGAGUGCGGAGACAUAAUCUAUCGCAGCACCUUGCCGAAAUCUAACGCUCUGACCGUCACUGCCCCUGGAGUGGCCUUGGCACUCACUGCUCUGUCGUAUCUAUGGGCGACACCUGGAGUGGCUCCUGGGUUCUUCGACAUGUUUGUUCUUGCUUUUGUCGAGAGAUUGUUCAGACCAACUUAUAGGAAGGAUGAUUUCGUUUUGGGGAAGAAAUUGGGUGAAGGCUCGUUUGGUGUGGUGUAUAGGGCCUCAUUGUCCAAGAAACGUUCUUCUAAGGAGGGUGAAUAUGUCUUGAAAAAGGCUACUGAGUAUGGUGCAGUGGAAAUUUGGAUGAACGAACGAGCACGAAGGGCUUGUGCAAACAGCUGUGCCGAUUUUGUUUAUGGAUUCCUCGAGAAUUCUUCAAAAAGAGGACCUGAAUAUUGGCUGAUUUGGAAAUACGAAGGAGAAUCAACGCUUGCCGAUUUGCUGCAGAGUAAAGAGUUCCCAUAUAAUGUGGAAACUUUGAUCCUGGGAAAAGUCCAAGAUCUACCCAAAGGGAUUGAAAGAGAAAAUAGAAUUAUUCAGACCAUCAUGAGGCAACUCUUGUUUGCACUGGACAGUCUCCACUCAACUGGGAUUGUCCAUAGGGAUGUCAAGCCUCAGAAUAUUAUUUUUUCUGAAGGUUCUCGUGCAUUCAAGAUCAUCGAUCUUGGAGCUGCAGCAGAUCUCAGAGUGGGCAUUAACUACAUUCCAAAGGAGUUUCUCCUAGAUCCCAGAUAUGCAGCACCCGAGCAAUACAUCAUGAGCACACAAACUCCAUCUGCUCCUUCCGCACCUGUCGCCACUGCACUUUCACCAGUUCUAUGGCAGAUGAAUUUGCCAGAUAGGUUUGAUAUCUACAGUAUAGGCCUCAUCUUCCUUCAGAUGGCAUUCCCAUCCUUGCGUUCAGACAGCAGUCUUAUCCAGUUUAACCGUCAGCUCAAAAGAUGCGAGUAUGACUUAAAUGCGUGGAGAAAGCUGGUGGAGGCCCGAGCAAGCCCUGAUCUCCGAAAAGGGUUCGAGUUAUUAGAUUUAGAUGGUGGGAUCGGAUGGGAACUACUGACAUCGAUGGUCAGAUACAAAGCCAGACAAAGAAUUAGCGCGAAAGCAGCUCUAGCUCACCCGUACUUUGAUAGAGAAGGGUUACUUGCAUUGUCCUUCAUGCAGAACAUGAGGCUUCAGUUCUUUAGGGCUACCCAACAAGAUUACAGUGAAACUGCGAACUGGGUUAUUCAGUUAAUGGCGAAAUCUGGAACAGAGAAAGACGGUGGCUUUACAGAAGCACAGCUACAGGAGCUUAGGGAGAAAGAGCCUCGGAAGAAGGCGAGUGCACAGAGGAAUGCCCUUGCUUCAGCUCUACGGAUUCAGAGGAAGCUCGUGAAAACCCUAAACGACACAGUGGAUGAACUCAACGAACGCAGCAAGACCGUAUGGUGGAGCAGGUGGAUCCCUAGAGAGGAAUGAGUAGAAGCUGUACGUAUAUACGGUAUAUAUAUAAAUAUAUAUAGCAUUUUCCAUAUUAAGUUCGAUAAUGUAAAUUGCAAUGUAUAUCUUGUUUAACCCAAGAUAUCUUCUCUACAUGUGUAAAUCAAGUAACCUUGGAGAAAACCCGAAAUGUCCAUAAACACGUAUACAUACACCUGCAAUCCCUAUUAUUGAACAA